UCAGUCGGACGCAGCAUCUCUCGGUGAAAUGUUGGACAUUCUGUUUCUUUGGCUUGUUACCCAGCUCUUUGGCCUUAUUCAAGGGCGUUCUGUGGGCGGUGGAUCAGGAAGCUUGGAUGAGUGGCAGGAGUUUUCGGCACCUCAGCCAGAUUCCACAAUCUUUAUGUACAAUCAAACUGAUAAGCAACCCUGGGACUAUACUUGGAAUUAAAUAUGAUUGUUAAUAAGUAAUUAAAGAAAACAUAAACUUAAUAGAAAUGAUUUCAGUUUUGUUUUAAUAAAAAUUUACUUGAAACAUUUCCCGAAUAUAUUUCUGAGUCGGAAGUAAAAAAUGUUGUAAGGAAAAUA